GCUUCUAGAGAUAUGGUGGUCUUUUAUUAAAACAUUCUUCUGCUCUUGUUCAUAAGAACAAGUCCAAACUCAUUCCUGUAUCAGUUGGCAACACACAGCUUUCCGAGAGUCCAGUAGGAUUUCUUUUUUUCUAAUGAAAUGACGUUAUUUAGAAAAUAAUGUUUGCACAACUUUAAAUAAUUUGGAUAUUUUAUUUACAAAAAAGGCUAAGAGCAUAGAUAGUUUUGCCCUUACAGCUGUAGUUCCUGAUUACGCUGACACGGGAGGCAUCUUGUGGGUUCAGGUGUAUUGGUGUAUUGUCUGUUUUGGCCAACCAUGAGAGUUAUAGCAGCGAUCCUACUUCUGGCUGUCAUUUCAGCCUCAGAGUCUGAGACUGAGGGCGGAGCCCCAGAGUCCAUCCAGGCUGACCUGGAGGAGAAGUGGGACGAGGGCGUGGACAAACUCUGGGACUAUCUUUACGGCCGGCGAACCACGCCCGCGCCCACACCCGCGCCCACGCCCUCACCAUCCCCCGAUGUGGGAGAGGAGGUCAAGAACAUGGUCCAAGGCGCCAUGGAGGACCUGAAGGAGGUCAAAGAGGACCUGGAGAAGAGGCUGGGGCCUCUGGUUCAGGACAUGGCCGACAAGCUCCGCGAGGACAUGAAGCGCCUGUUCUCCAAGCUGAAGGACGACUUGGCGGGAGCCAGCAACCGUGCCAAAGAUUAUGUCGAAGAGGUCAAGACCCUGAUGCAGGACGACGGCCAAGAGACCAGCUACAAGCUCGACCUGUUCGGCCGCAGACUGAAGAGGCGAUUCACCAAGGACAUGGAGCAAAUGCAGAACUCCGUGUCCAGUUACUUUGAGGACCUGGCGACGAAGGCACAGGAGAAGAUGAAGGAAGCGAAGGACCGCAUGGAGCCCUUCUGCCGCAAGCUGCGCGACCGGGCCAAGGAGAAGAUGGACUCCAUGGGCGAGGUGCUGAAGGCCAAGACCAAGGACCUCCGCGAGAAGGUGGAGAAGACCGCGGAGGACACCAGGUCCACCCUGGAGAAGUGGUUCCAGCCCGUGAUCGACUGGUUCAAGGGUCUGAGCUCCUAGGAGAGGCGGUCGGAGAGAGGGAGGACAGAUGUAAGAUCAGCUUGCCUGCCUACAACCCCAGUCCCAAUCUAUUCAGCUUGUACAUUGUAUUACUCUGAUCCAGGAUCCAUGACUAAUAGCCAAAAAGGUACCCAAGCUAUUGUCCCAUUGACUCUUUUACCCUAUAAUAUACAAGAUCACACAUAGGUGGUUAGAAUAUUCUUAACUGAACAUUCUAAUGCUGAUGUAACAAUCACGACUGGUAAUUGAAAGCAAUGGAGUUCUAGAACACCGAAUUAGAAAAAAGAAAAAAAGAAAGAAAAAAAAGGUUCUUCAAUGGGUUAAAUUGUGAGAUCACAAAUACUUGAUUAGAAUGUGUUUGAUGAAUAUUCUAAUACUGACGGAACAAAUCUAUAACACUGAGUGAUAAUUUUGAACAUUCAAAAAACAUCCCAGAAAACUUACUCAUCAAACGGAUGUGCACUGCACUCAUCCUCUCAUAGAGUAAAGGCGUGAAAGGAGAAAGGGAGCGAAAAGGAAUUUUCUCUGUCAUCGCACAGAAUGAGAAGGUUGAUGGAAAAAGGAGGGGCAGUGUAAAAAGGAAGUGUAAUGUUUUGGCACAUCUCCCACGAUUUCUGACAGCGAAUGUGUUCGGAUCCUCAAGGUUAUCUGAGUUCAGAGAACCAAGAAUUUUUCUUAAUUCUCCCGCUCUCAAAAUGGCCUCUUGCUGUAAAUGGGCAUUAUUAUAACCUGUUCUUACUUGCCAGCCAAGGUUAAUACGCAGAAGAGAUGCAAUGCAUGGCUUGCAUUAUGAUCCCGUUACACCGUGGUUAUUCUGUGGUUAGAAUUGUGUUUGAACAUUCCCGCAGAGACUUUAAUGCAUGCUUUUAUUCAAAUGAGCUGCAAACCUAUUCUGGGCCCAAGACCAGGUCAGCAUUCUUGAGUGACAUCCCUGCUGAAAGAAACUGCUCAAGCUAUAUUUUGAAACUGCUGGUAGCUGGUUGACCAGCUACCAGCAGCUCAGACAAGCUACAAGCCCUAGCUGGUUGAUCAGCUCAAAACCAGCAAGACAGGCUUGUGACCAGCUUGACCAGCUCAAUUUUCAAGAUGGUUAAACUGGCAUAGCUGGAUCUUACAGCAGCUCUUACUAUAAACCCAUGUCAUGCAAGCGGUACUCAGUACUGUGCUGAGAAUGCACAAUACAGCUCUGGAGAUAUGUAUAGUAGGCUCAGAAAGGGGACUGGUUCUCUGCACCAACACAAACACCUCCAAUCAGCAGGUGACCAAACCUGGGUCAAAUACAUAAUUGGUUUCGAUUCAAAUACUUCACUGUGCUCGGUUGAUCUUGCCUGGUGCACUUGAGCCAACAAAGAGGACCAGAAGGCAGGGUUUGCACUUGAGAGUAUUUUGUAAGUUCCAAUACACCAGACAAGCUCAGUAAAGUGUAGAAAGGUAUUUGAAUCCAAAACAAUUAUGCGUUUGACCCAGGUCUGCAGGUGACGCGGUGUGGCGGCAAAGUUGUUUCAGUAUCCUCCAGAAAAAACGAAAUCUUAAGUUUUUAACCCGUGGUAAGAUUCCAAGUCAAAGCAUACCUUACUUUGCAAUUUCUAAGCUGUGCAACACUGCAUUUUGUGACAAAAUGCCUGUCCAGACAGAGAGUAGUAUGUGUACUGUAGCAGAACCAACAGUGGUGCUGUCCAAGAGUCAAAAUAAUGAGUUUUGCACCUGGUGCAAGUGCUUUUAUCAACUGCCAGCUUCUGUUGGUUGAGUAUGAACACUCUGCUGUCAUCAUUCUUUAUAUGUGAUGAGAAAAGAUCCACCCUCCCUCGUUCCUGUGUUCUGUUAGCGUUUCUGCAGACUAUAGGUCCAAACAUUCCUGUUGAAAAAAACAGCUCAAGCUAGGUUUUCAAACAGCUGGUAGCUGGUUCACCAGUUCACACCAGUUCACACCAGUAGCAACAUCUUUACCUAGCUUUUGUAUUCUGGUGCCGCACUUCCACAUAUUCAAUUAUCACAAAACAAUUAGACGUUUCUCUCUUUGGAGAACUACAACUUUGGAGAGUCUACAUUUACAUUUUAAUGUAUUUUUAAUGCGUGCGAGUUGCUAUGGCAUUUAAGCUAUGCAGUCUAUGUUACUCAUCAACAGGCAGCAGCUAUGUGUGUGUAUGUGUGCAUGUCUGUCUGUCUGAAUGGCUCCUGUCUGUCUUGAAGACAGUAUAAGUGCCCAUUGUAUUAUCCACAGUGCCAUCUUGGGGUGAUCCCAAAAACUGCAAUAAAAGAGUUUCAAAUGUC